AGGCAUAAGAGAGUUAAAGCGUCAACUUCAAUCAUGAAUGAAUUUCUAGAAGAAAUCCCAAUCAAACAAGUGGACGUAACCGUUUCGAAGACUGACGAUCCAACCUUACCUAUCCUGACAUUCAGAAUGUGGUUCCUAGGAAUCAUCUCAUGCGUGGCACUCGCAUUGGCGAACCAGUUCUUUUGGUACAGAACACAGCCUCUAUCGGUUACGCCAAUAUGUGUUCAGAUCGCCGUUGUUCCAAUCGGCCAUUUAAUGGCAAGAAUUUUGCCCACUCGGCGGUUAUUCCAAGGUACCAUGUUCGAAUUCACGAUGAAUCCUGGACCAUUCAAUGUGAAAGAGCACGUUCUCAUCACUAUCUUUGCCAAUGCUGGUGCUGGAAGCGUCUAUGCAACUCAUAUUUUGACUGCGGUCAAGAUUUACUUUAAAAAGUCUCUCCCUUUUAUUCCUGCUUUCAUCGUUAUGCUCACUACUCAGGUACUAGGCUUUGGUUGGGCUGGACUUUUUAGGAAGCAUUUGGUUGAACCAGCUGAAAUGUGGUGGCCUGCAAAUAUGGUCCAAGUCUCUCUGUUCCGGGCUCUACAUGACAAGGAAAAAAGACCCAAACACGGCACAACCAGGAACCAAUUUUUCUUAAUUGCUAUGGCCACUGGUUUUGCUUAUUAUGUCCUCCCAGAUUACCUUUUCAACACAUUGUCAACUAUGUCUUGGGUGUGUUGGUUGGGCUCCAAAUCCGUCUUGGUUAACCAAUUGGGAUCCGGCAUGCAUGGGCUUGGGCUUGGCUCAUUUGGACUUGAUUGGACCUCAAUCAGUUCUUACCUUCAAAGCCCACUAGUCAGCCCAUUUUUUGCCACUUGCAAUGUAGCUGUUGGAUUCUUUCUAAUUAUGUAUGUGAUGACACCAAUCUGUUACUGGAAUAAUGUUUAUAGUGCCAAGAAUUUCCCAAUAUUCUCAAGUGGACUUUUCAUGAAAAAUGGGACAAAAUAUGAUGUUUCUAAGAUUGUCAACUCUAAAUUCCAUCUUGACACGGUGGCUUAUUCGGAGAUUGGGAAUCUUCAUCUCAGCACUUUCUUUACAAUGACAUAUGGUAUUGGAUUUGCUACACUUUCUGCCACUGUUAUGCAUGUUCUUCUCUUCCAUGGAAGAGAUAUAUGGAAGUAUAGCAAAAAGGCGUUCGGAAGCAAUAAGAAAAUGGACAUACACACAAAACUGAUGAAGAAUUACAAAUCAGUCCCAAUGUGGUGGUUUUUGGUUAUCGCAGUACUUAACUUAGCUCUCAUCCUUUUUGCUUGCCAAUACUACAAUGAGGCACUUCAGUUGCCAUGGUGGGGUGUUUUACUAGCUUGCGCAAUAUCCCUUAUCUUUACGCUCCCAAUUGGUAUAAUCUCUGCCACUACAAAUCAGGUACUUGGAACAUUGAUAGCAGUGGUACUUGGAACAUUGAUAGCAGUGGUAGUGUACACACUAGCAGCAUGGUGGAUGAUGGAGAAAAUUCCUCACCUUUGCGACGUUUCAAAACUGCCGGCAGAUAGCCCUUGGACAUGCCCAAUGGACACGGUCUUCUACGACGCAUCUGUUAUCUGGGGACUCAUUGGACCCCGCAGGAUCUUCGGCAAUCUCGGUGAGUACGCAAAGGUUAACUGGUUCUUUCUUGGCGGUGCCAUUUUACCCCUUCUUGCAUGGAUCGCUCACAAGGCAUUCCCAGGUGUGAAAUGGAUCGGCCAAAUUCACUUCCCCGUAUUGUUGGGUGCGACGGCAAUGAUGCCGCCGGCCUCAUCGCUUAACUUCAAUAGCUGGUUAAUACUGGCGUUCCUGUCGGGGUUCGUGGUGUAUCGGUACAAACCGGAGUGGUGGAGCCGCUAUAACUACGUCCUGUCCGGUGCUCUUGAUGCCGGAACUGCCUUCAUGGCCAUGUUCUCGUUCUUUUUGUUAGGAUCCACGCAGAUUUCAUGGUGGGGGAAUAGCGGAGAAGGCUGUCCCUUGGCUACAUGCCCUACCGCCCCUGGCAUUGCUGUUGGUAAUUGCCCAGUUCAUUGAUCAUUAUUCUCAACAACAGUAACAGUAACUACCUAGCAUUCUUAUUAUUAUUAUUAGUUUUCAUGUGGAUAUUAGGAACUAGUUCAAGGCUUCAAAUGUUAUCUUUAUAUUUCAGUGUUUUAUGAUUUUAAUUU